CGCGCGCCAAAACCGGUUGCGGUUAUCGAGGGGGAGGCACGCGACUGGCGAGCGGGAAAGCGGGCGCAGUAUUUGACGAGUGGCGCGAGGAGCCAAAAGACGACGGGCGGGUCCCUCUGUGUGUGUGUGUGUGCGCGCGCGUGUGUGUGUGUGUGCGCGCGCGUGUGUGUGUGUGUGUGUGUGUGUGCGCGUGUGUGUGUGUGUGUGUGUGUGUGUGUGUGUGUGAGAGAGAGAGAGAGAGAGAGAGAGAGAGAGAGAGAGAUGGGGAAGAAAGGAAAGGCGGCGUCGUCGAGCGGGGGGGGAGGGGAAGCGAAGGGCGGGGAAGGGAAGGGGAAGGGCAAGGCGAAACCUUCGGACGAUCUGAAGACUUGCACGUAUGUUAAGUGCCGCCAUAUCUUGUGUGAGAAGCAGGGGAAGAUCAUGGAGGCCUAUAAGAAGCUUGAAGAGGGUUUUUUGUCUAAUGGUGACAAAGUACCCCCUGCCGAAUUUGGAAAAUUGGCUAUGGAGUAUUCGGAGUGUCCAUCGGGGAAGAAGGGGGGUGAUUUGGGGUGGUUCCCCCGAGGAAAAAUGGCGGGGCCUUUCCAGGAUGUCGCCUUUGCGACGCCUGUCGGCGGCUGCUCGGCGCCGUUCAAGUCCACGCACGGAUAUCAUGUCAUCCUCUGCGAAGGGAGGAAGAACUGAUUGACAAAGGAAGAGGAAGAGGAUGAGGAUGAGGAUGGACAGUGUACAGAGAUAGGGAAACAGGAUUGAUGGCAUACCUGCUUGUUAUGCUACCGUAGUCAUCAAGCACUAUCCUGUUUGGCACGCGCAUGGAGGUUUCUCUCUUGCGCUAGUCGUGUACUUGUGUGAAUGUGUGGUGGGACUAUCCGUUUCUUUCUUUUUGUCUGUAUACAGUGAAUGUAUGUGGUUGCAUUCAGAUGACGCGGAGGGUAUGGGAAUUCUGAGGAAGGAAGAAUAGGAGAGUGUGCGUGCGUGUCUUUUUCUUUCUUUUUUUUUGUGUGUUUGUGUGAGAGUAGCGCGGAGGGCGGGGAAGGGCGUGGAUUUUUUUUUAUUUUUAUUUUUUGUGUGUGUGUGUGUAUGUGUGUGAGAGAGAGAGAGAGAGAGAGAGAGAGAGAGAGAGAGAGUCGUUCUGUGAAGGACGGGGAAUGUGAGUUCGAAUGCCAGCUUAUGCGCGCAUACGAUGGG